AUGGUGCUGAAGCAUUUUAUCACAGAAGAGUAUUUAAAAGAAUCUCUGGACAGCUUCUCAUUGGAUAUCGAACCGGCUGUAUCUGAAUCGCAAAAUUCGAGCACCAAAAGGGAAAGGAAGUUUGCCAUUAUUACGGUCUUAAUUUGCUCCCUUCUCUCACUUCUUAUUUUACUUGUGCUGUAUCAAAAAGACUCUUUUAUAUCGACAUCUACAGUUAUCAUACCUGCUUCCAUUUCGGAAAAUGUUAUUCCGUGUCAAGGCCACACGUAUCCUCUUGAAAAAAGCCAUGACAAUUUUUCACAUGCCAACAAGCAUGCCAUCAUUAUCGAUGCUGGGUCCCAAGGCACCCGAAUGCACAUUUAUGAGCUAGAAUUUUGCAACGAGUUUCUAAUUGCAGUGCAUAAGGACUAUUUCUCAUCCAUCUCGGUCUCAUUCUCAUCAUUAGCUGCCACGCCUAGUCCCUUCAUUAUAGGCCCCAAGCUCAUCGACCCGCUGCUCUCAAAUGCUUUGAAGCUUAUUCCAGAAAAUGAGCACUCAACUACCCCUAUAGCUUUGAGAGCUACUGCGGGAGUCAGACUCCUUCCAAAAGAGCAAGUAGAGGCGCUUUUAUCAGGGGCUAGGCAAGCACUUUCCAAUUACCCUUUCCUUCUUGUCGACGACACGAGAAAUUCUGUAGAACUGAUAUCCGGAAUUUCUGAAGGAAUAUGGGCGUGGAUUUCGAUCAAUUUCCUGUACAAUAAUUUGCUGAACGACUGUGGUUGCAAUAUCACCCUGGUAUCAGCAAAAAACUCUUCAACCUCAAUCCAAGUGCAGGAACAAUCCAGCAAUUCAGUUAUUGACCUGGGUGGAGUUUCAUUGCAAAUCAUCUCUGAGAUUUCUCAAGAGGAGGCCCAAAUGCUUGCCAGAAUGGAUGCUCGCCUUGCCAGUGGAUUUCCGGUGAACAGUCCACCUCUUAACCUUGUACAUCCAGUGCGAUUCCAAGGCAAGCAGUACUUGCUUUUUGUGCACUCUUUUCUUAACUAUGGCUAUCAAACAGUCCGCUCUUUAGUUUUAUUAUCUAUUUGCAAUUCCGUACUGGGUACGUCGUUUGUAUCCAUAUCGUCCACUGAGCACCAAAAGGACAUUUUAGCUAGCGGAAAAACAUUUCCAGCCAUCGUUGCCCAUCCCUGCUUUACCAGUGGUACUUUAGCCGAGCCCAUGAGUGUAUUAGUUUCUAAGACCUCUGAAUAUCCCAGUUCCGCUUAUGUCGAUAUCACGAGCUCUGCACAAUCCUCUUGGAGUCGGUGUAACGCAGUCGUUUCGUCUGUUUUGGACACAAAGUCCUGUAAAUACCCUCAAUGCUCCUUUGAUGGGGUUCCAUUUCCUCGUUCCAUGUUGAAAAGAAAAAACGAAAUCAUCAAUCUGUCGUCGCACUUUUCAUCAAUUCUGGGCCCGAUUCUAAGACUUCUGCCAACAUAUGGCUGCUCUGAAGGUGGUUUCACUUUCGUAUGGAAAAGAAUAUUUAAGAAAACCCCCAGCGGCGGUAAUACAUACCAAGGCCGUCCUUCGUCUUUUACUCAUAAAGACAUUUCGCUUAGUGACAUUGAACGCCUAGGCAGGAUUAUAUGUUCGCCUCUUUUUACAGAAACGAGGUACCCCGAUAUUUUUGAAGCUUUUCAGAAUUCUCAUCCCUCAAUUCUCCCAAAUCUUUGCCUGGAUCUAAGCUACAUUUAUGUCAUGAUGACUAAGGGGUUUCAUUUGCCAAAAAAAGGGCCUGGCUCUUUUUUGCGUAUUGAAAUGGAAAAUAUCGGAAAUGCAUAUCCUUGCUGGACACUUGGUGCGGCAAUGAGUUUAUUUAGAGCAGAGGAGCAUUAA